GCAUGAGCGCUGCCUCAGUCGACGGUCGGCCGAAUGCGAAGAUACUAGGCUUCGUGGGUUCGGGAGUUGCGUUUUUGGAGCCCACCAUACCCAUACGGUUUUGGUUUGUCGCCCUGGGCGCACACAUUCUUUCCACGGCGUCCAUAUUGGUAUACCCAGCGAUCCAACGCGUGGUGUUCUCGGACGUUCAGCUCAGUGGUACAGGAGCUCGUGAAUAUCCGCAGUGUACCGCAGCGGUGCGUUGGCGAAUUAAAGUCCAGGUGGGAGGGAGAUACUAUGUGUUCUAGUUAAGUGGUGUGAUAUCAUCUCUCGGUGGGCGAAUUUCGGGAAGUAGUGAUUGAUUGCAGUUAAUAUCGGUUCCUCAAACCAACUGUAGCAAGGAUUCUAACAGCUAACCGAUCUUAGGUUCUCAGUAGUGUGUGCAGGAAAACUUGAGUUUAAAGUAUGUAGUUGAAUUCUGGGUUCCAAACUCCAACGAUUAGAUAUCUUCAUCCCAACAUCAACUCCUAGUGCACUACAAGUUCCGACAGCAAUCAAACAAUUCUCCAACAAACCAAGUGCCGUAGUUUCUGGAAAACCUUCAAAAUCUACUCUUCAAGCUCAGUGCGGAUUAAAAUAGCUCGUAGGAAUUUUCCCCAACUUUUGUACAACUUUUCGGCGAUUCGGACAUCAACCGUAUCAUGUGGGAUUGUAGAAAACAAAUGUCCAGGACGCCAGGAAGUAAUGGGGCCGGGUUACAGCCCGGGACCAGCCCGCGCCCAAACAAUGUAACCCUAUCGUCCCGUGGAUUGGCAUCUUCGUCGAAUAGCAACAAUGGCGGCGGAAGGCUCCCGACAUCGAUACCACCGUCGGGCAAUGUGGUCCCGUAUGCAACCGGAACCGAGGAACGGCUGAUGGUCACCGUCCGGAUACGUCCCCUGAGUGACUCCAGCGAGACGAACUGUAUACAGGCCCCGCCGAACCGUUCCGGCUCACUACUGUUCGACGAUGGCACACGUAAUAAACCGAAAAAGUACAACUACGAUUGCGUCUUUGGAGAGGCUUCCACACAGGAAGAAGUUUAUACAGUUGCCGUGGCACCGCUGGUCCAGGACGUCCUGAACGGGUAUAAUGCGGCAGUUUUCGCGUACGGUGCGACCGGUUCCGGCAAAACCCACACCAUGCUUGGCCCACACGUACGCCCGGUUCGUGUGAAUCCUGGCACGCAAAAUUCAUCCCAGUCCGGACCGGCCACAUCAACGCCCGGUGAAACGCCCGCCAGCCCGUCGGAUGCACUGCCGAACGUGGCCGAUCAGCAGCAGCAGCAGCAGGCGGCCAGUGGUGUGGGCGCGUCGAUGGUACAGCCGAGCAGUGGACUGAUGAUUCGUGCGGUUGCCGACAUCUUCGACUACAUCGACCGGCACGGUGGCGAGGAAGCAAAAUUUAGGAUUUCAAUAUCAUACCUGGAAAUUUACAACGAGCUGAUACGCGACCUGCUGAAUCCGGGCGGCCCGCUCGAGCUGCGGGAGGACAACCGUGGCAACCAGUCGGUAGCCGGUCUGUCCGAGGUGUCGACGGCAAGCCGGGCCGAAGUCAUCCAGCUGCUGCUGAAGGGCAACAAAGCGCGCACGGUCGAACCGACCGCCGCCAACCAAACGUCCUCUCGCAGUCACGCACUGCUGAGCAUUACGGUGCAAAAUCUGACGCCCGCCGGCACAAAGCAGGGCCGCCUCUUCAUGACCGAUCUGGCCGGUUCGGAGCGGGCACGCAAAACGAAAAACCGCGGCAAGCGGCUCCAGGAGGGAGCGCACAUUAACCGCAGCCUGCUAGCGCUCGGUAACUGCAUCAAUGCACUGGCCGGUGGCGCACGGUACGUGAACUUCCGCGACUCGAAGCUGACGCGCCUGCUGAAGGAAGCGCUCAGCGGACGGUGCAAAACGGUCAUGAUUGCGCACGUGUCGCCGGAAACGCGCCAUCGGGAUGAGACGAAAAAUACGCUUGUGUACGCGGAUCGGGCGAACCACAUCACCACCCGACUGCAGGAACCGACCAUACUCGAGGUGGAGGAAGCGGCCGCCCGGGAGGCGGCGUUCCCGGUGGCACACUAUCAAAAUCUGGUGGCCGAACUGCGCGAUGAGGUCGGGCGGCUGAAGAUGAAGAUGAUGACGGAACGGCCACGAAGCGGGGCGGCCCUGCAGCGCCAGCAGCAGGCACGCCAACAGGAGGACGACCAGCCAUCGUCGGAGGAGCAAAUCAAGAAGGUGGAGCUGAAGUUUUUGCGCGAGCAGAUUGUGCAAACGUUCAAACAGCAGAUGAAGCUGAGGCGUCGCCUGCUGGAGGCGGACAGUCAUCUGCUGGGGUUGGAGCUGGACGCGGAACGGCAGCAUAUGGUGAUUUCGCACUGGCAGGGCCGGCAGGGCAAGCUGUACGAUCGGCUGGAUGAGGAUGACGACGAAGGUUCCGAUUCGGAGGGAUGCUCAGCGUUACGGUCCGCCUGGAGCGAACUGGCGUCGAUCGAGAAGGAGGUCAAACGCUACCGCCAGAUAAGAACAACGACCGAGCACGAGCUGGAAGAGUGUCGUAAGAAGGGUGUUACGUUGGAAGAUGAACUUCCGGAGCGUAUCAGCAGCGAUGAGGAGCGUGAGUUGCUGUCCUUGCUGUGCAGGGUGCACGAGCUGGAAGCGGACAAGGUGUCACUGCAGGCGGAGCGAAUGGCACGCCAGGCCGAGUUACGGCGCCGGGAUUUGCAGUUGCUGCGGGCGGAACGACAACGGCGUCUGUGCGAGGAUAUCAUCAGCACGCAACGGCGCAUCAUAGAAGAGGGUAAAGUGGAGAUGCCGGAAGAUCUGCGUGAGCUGUACGCACUGUACCAGCAGGAGAUACAUGCGAGCACCUACAACAGUGGUAUGCAAACUGCAUCUGGCGGCUUUUACGAUGCUAAGCUACCGCCUAUCUUUGGACAGGAUCGAAGCAUCUACUCAGCCAGUUCCAGCUCCGGUUCGGAAUGGUCCGCUACGUCUCCUCUGCCAUCGGUCGAUGCCGAAGGUAAUGUGGUGAAUCCGGACCGUGCGAUGGGACCGCCGGUUGGACCAAGGUUACCGUCCAUCACGCGACUUCGCAACAACUAUGGAAGCGCUCAAAGCAGUGGAUCCAGUGACGAAUGAAGUGAACCACUUGGAGUAGGUCCCAAAGAACACAUGUUUCAAACGAAAACUGUAUUACAAACGACGCACACCACAAAUUAUUAGCCAUUAGGUACCGUGGAAGAGCGUAGGAAUGAGGUCAUGAGGAUAAGCUAACGGCAGCUGGUAUAGAGCAAGUUUUUUUGAAGAAAGUAUUGAUAAAAGCUGGUUCAUGGUAGUGCUACCUGAGUACAUAGAGCAUCACGGAAGUACGUAAUAAAGCACAACUACAAACACACCAACAUUUCCUUGUCGUUACUGUACUGUUUCGGUAGUGUGCGUCUAGAAUCAAUGCUUCGGGACCAUUAAAAUAGUUGUGAAAAAUUAAAAACCACUAAAAGAUGCAUCGAAACUAUACACGCAACGCAAUUUUCAUCAAAAUUAUGCAAUCAAAAGCAAUAUUUCAAAUAAAAAUCGGUAUUAAGGGAGCGAUGAUACCGAUGAGAAACGUUAGUUGUUGGUCGAACGAAAUUGUCGGUACGGGAUGCUCUAUCCUUACUUUAGGAAAGCUUAAGGCAAGAUGUUUAUUAUUUUUUUAAUUAUAUUUAUUUUAUUAUCAUAGCAUGUAGUAUUAAAUUUCGACCAAGCCUCACUCAAUACUUCAAACAGGAUUCUAGUAGUGUAGCUUGUGUAAACGGUGCAAGAGUGUUUCUUCCCCGUAGUAGUUGAAAUUUUGCUUCAAUGCUCAAAAAUAUAGUAGCACAUAAAUAUAGCUUGAUAGGAUGUUUCGACAACCACCUGCAUUGUUGGUACCUCUCUUAUACAGACACAGUAUUCUCUACAACCAUGAUUAUGAC